AUGCUCUCGAAAACGCACACCAUUUCUUUCUACUUCAAUCACAACCUCAAACCCGCAACCACUUCUCACACAAACCCUUUUGUGAAAUCCAUUUCAAGCCUCAAAGUAGUCUGGCGCAAGGACCGGAAACUAGACCAAGCCAUUGAGAACGACAAGCGGUACAAGCUCUGUGCCCGCGUCGUCAGAGAGGUACUUAACGAACCGGGCCAAGUAAUCCCACUCCGGUACCUUGAGAAACGCCGCCAAAGAAUGCGGCUCACUGUGAAAAUCAAAACCUUUCUUGCCCGAAACCCAGGUUUAUUCGAUGUUUACUAUGACCGAAUCAAACCCAAAACCGAGCCGGUCAGGUUUCUCCGAAUGUCGGAGGGGCUCAAAGAAUUUCUCGAAUAUGAGAAAAGGAUUUAUCUUGAACAUGAACCAUGGAUAAUAUCCAAACUGUGUAAGUUGUUGAUGAUGUCUAAGGAUAAGGUUCUUUGUGCUGAUAAAUUAGUAGAAGUGAAGAGGGACUUCGGCUUUCCGAAUGAUUUUCUGGUUAACUUGGUGCCUAAAUAUCCGCAAUAUUUUAGGCUAGUUGGGUGUCCGGGUGAAGGGCAAUCGUUUUUAGAAUUGGUGUCAUGGAACUCAGAGUUUGCGAAAUCUGCCAUCGAGAGGAGGGCGGAGGAGGAGUCGAGGUUGACGGGGAUUCGAGUUAGGCCCAAUUUUAAUGUUAAACUUCCGUCGGGGUUUUUCUUGAGGAAGGAGAUGAGGGAGUGGGUCAGGGAUUGGAUGGAACUUGAUUAUGUGUCUCCCUAUGAGGAUGUCUCACGUUUGGAUCAGGCUUCAAGCGAAAUGGAGAAGAGAACGGUAGGAGUUCUCCAUGAAUUGCUUUCACUUUCAACACAUAAGAGGGUUCCAGUGCCAACAUUGGGGAAGUUUAGUGAUGAGUAUAGGUUCUCAAAUGCGUUCUCGAAUGUGUUCACAAGGCAUUCAGGGAUAUUUUAUAUGUCUUUGAAAGGUGGGAUAGAGACAGCAAUGCUGAGAGAAGCAUAUAAGGAUGAUAAGUUGAUGGAUCGGGAUCCUCUACUUGAGAUAAAAGGUAAGUUUAUUGAGUUGUUGGAAGAAGGAUGGCGAAGGAGAGCAGAGCAGUUGAUGUUGCAAAGGGAAGAAGUUAAGAAGGACAUGGAAAUGAUGGCAAUAAAGAAUGGCAUUGAUGAUAGGUAUGCCUUUGAUGAGUGACUAAAGACUUGGAGAACUGCAAUGGUUGUGAAAGGCAUGAGUGGCAACAUGAUCAACAUUUGCUGGAAAGGAGGACUUGAUACAUACCUAGGAUGAUUGUUGAGGUUAAACUGCAUGUUGUGUUGAGAAAUUGUUGUAUCCUGGUGUGUACAGUCCAAAUUUUGCAUCCAACUUAAAUGGAGAUUUGUUGAUGUCACUGAUUUUUUUGGACGGUUAAAUUUCUUUCUUCUCUCAAUGUAGUUGGUAGGGAGUUGCUUUCCGCAGGGUAGCAAUGGACAGCUUAUAGUAAUGCUUUGUAGAUUGCCAUAUAAGAAAAUUCUUCAACUGGCAUCCCAUCAUAGAUAAAUAUUUGUACUUCUACUCCUAUUGGAGUUUGUUAAA